AUGAUUGAACAGGAGGGCGAGGACCCGUACAAUAAUGAAAUCGAUGUGUUUUUAGAGGAUAUACCAUAUGAGGUUUACACGACAGAACUAGCUGACCAGGACCAUCAAGAUAGAAUAAGAAAUUACACCGACCCAGAGGAAAUAUUAAAAUCGCACAGGGACAAACGCCACAUCAUCGAAGAUACCAGGAGAUUCGAUACGAAUGGAUGUCCACCAUUUUUCAAAAAGUGGCGUAAUAAAUGCUACCUGUUCAGCAACUUUCUGUAUCAGUGGGGAGGGGCAAGAGAGGCCUGUGUGAAGAGUGGCGGAGACCUGGUGUCUAUAGAGACAAUCCAGGAAGAUAUCUUUGUGUACAACAGUUUAAGAGAAAUGAAAGAAAAUGAGCCGAGCGGAUGGUGGAUUGGGGGUCGAAUAUCCGUGCGGAGGAAUCAACAAGUCCUAGUCUGGCAGCCAACUAAUGAAACAAUGCAGUACACUCGAUGGUAUCAUACUGGCCACCCUAAAGAGAACAUACCAUGUGUGAUGAUGUGGCGUCGUUUCCCUAACUACGAAUGGGGAACGUUGCCAUGCAAUGCUUAUCUAGGAUUAGUGUGUGAAAAGGAAAUGAAUUACUGACACAGCUGUGAAAGAUGUGACAUCGUAUAACAAUGUUACGUUUCCUAUAACUACUACUGGAUGCAUUAUUUCAUGAUAAUACCAGUAAAACUUGAAUAAAAUCAUCGAUAUUUAUGAUAUAUAAAGACGAAUAUAUGGACUCAAAAUAUGGCGAGCAUCUUCGGCGAGGCUCCAUACAUUUUAGUAAAAUUGGUUAUACACCGAAGAUUCAUUGAUAAAUAUUUAAAGACUAUUACAAAAUCAUACCUCUAUCUGUUGAAAAUAUAAAGUACAAUUAAAAUUAUUUAAAGGAAAAGAUAAAUCACAUACAUGUAUGUUGUGAAAAAUAUCUAGUGGGAAUUACAUGUAAACCAAUGUUUUAUGAUUUUAUCUUAAUUAUUUUUUGUCAAUUCGUUUCGCAAUCGACGCAAUCAAAGGAUGUGCAUUAAAGAUUUAAAGUCUUCGAGAGGAAGUCA